AUGGAACAUCUGCAUAGCACAGCAACUCACAGAUGCUUUUUGCUGUCCUGCCACAGCACAAGGUGCGUCAGGCCAGACAGCCACGCACAGGCCCCGGCUCCUGGCUUCUGCCAUCUUUUCUGUCCUGCAACUCCACCCUGGAGCCUCCCACUCCUUCAAAAGCUGCAGGAAGAGGCCUGCAGGCAAGAGAAGGGGACUACAGGAGCGAGCAGUUUAAAAAAUGGAAGGCCGAGGUUUUCCAAUCUAAUUAACAGCAUGACAAGCCAGGACCGGCUGCUGACCCGCAUGGAGCCUUGCACAGCCAGAAACGCAGUGUCCUGCUCUGCUCCUGAGACACUGGGGCUGUCACUACAGCACAGCCCCAGACACUUCCACACGGGCAGACUCUGGCUCUCCAGGCACGGCGGCGCCCUCUCCUCCCCUUCCCAGCUCUCCUGAGGCCUGUGGUUCUGGAAUUCUCUGCUCUGUGCAAGCAUGACUGCGGCCCUCCUCCCGCGUCCAGCCGCACCAGGCCCUGGGAUCCCAGACGGGCUUCCCCUUCACAAGGGGCUCCAAGCAAGCACCUAUGGGGGUGGGGGCAGCAAAGCCGUCUGGCCGAGGUCCCUUCUCUAGCAUGCCUGUCUGUCCGUCUGUCCUUGAGGAGCCUUAAGAGUGCAGGGCGGGACAGGCAGGCACCAGCUGACACAGUACCGGGCAGGGACCAGUGCAGGAGCUCGAGGCAGGGCUGGGUGGGGUGGGGGUGGCCAGAGUCUCCUGGCUGGCAGCAGAUGCGGGUGAGUGGCACAGACUGUCCUUAUGCCCUCCUGGGAGACAGGCAGGAAUCCAUGACCAGGACAGACAGAGUCAGGACUGGGAGAGGCAGAGCAGGUGCCUGAGCUUGGCCAUGCACAGCUUCCAGCAAGGCUGGGUCAUCCACGGCUCCCCGAGGUUCCGCGCCACCGCUCGCCGCACCCCAGCACAGCCGAGAGCUGUGGUUUCUCCUCCCGUGGAGUCCCGCGUGGCUACCCACUCCAGGUCCAGCCCGAGGGCACCGCCCUCUCCAGGCUGCCUUCCCCACACACGCCACACCUCCAGCCCCAGAAGGUUCUGAGGAGGGGAGGAGCUGGGGCCCCCACUCGCCUUCCUGUUGCCAGGAUACAGGCCCAGGAAAAAAUGCCACAGCGCUGGAUUAAUGUCUAGACAGCGUGACCUUUCCCCUGGUUCUCUAGAUAUAAUUGGGACCCAAAUUGUCCGGUGUCAUGAGCUGACAGCAGGGAUGAAGGAGGGGGCUGUUCUCGGUGCCCCAAGGGGACUCUGGGAGAGGGAGAGGGCCGCCCACUACCUGCGUGGGGGCUGCAUGGGGACAAGCCAGGGUCACCCACAAAGGCGCUUUCUGUGGAGCGGACGUCACCUCUUCCAUCAGCGAUGACACAGCUCUGAGAUCUCAGUGUCCUCGCAAUGGCUCCCAUUAACUCCCUGCUGCCCGUCCUGCCAGGCUGGUGCCACGAGACCCUCAGGGCUGGGCCAUGGGACAGGUGCCCAUCCUGCCAGCCUGGUGCCACGAGACCCUCGGGGCUGGGCCAUAGGACAGGUGCCCGUCCUGCCAGCCUGGUGCCAUGAGACCCUUGGGGCUGGGCCAUGCGACAGGUGCCCGUCCUGCCAGGCUGGUGCCACGAGACCCUCGGGGCUGGGCCGUGGGACAGGUGCCUGCCCAGCCCUGCAAACACAUCCAGCAGGCGUCGAGGGCUGCCAGGCACAGAGACUCCUACUGCCAGCAGCGCACAGCGCCAGCUGCGACAGCAACGCCUCUGCCAGGAGACACAAAGGAGACCAGCCCUGACGCUCCUGUCCCAGGGGGGCUGCUGCACACUCAGGCAGAAUGAGGGGUCCUGAGGGGGACCCUCGGCCUACCCACGGCUCCCGGGGCAGGUGACUGGUCUGGUCCUGGUGUUUAUCUCAACCUCGUUGUUCAGAAGCUGCUUUUUAUUAUUUGUGACCAUAAAAGGAUGUAAACAAA